AUGGCUUUCUCAAAAGUUCUAGGGUUCCUUCUUCUCGCCGCUCUUCUGGUUUCUUUCGCGGUGGGUCAAUCUCCAGCUCCAGCUCCAUCUAGAGCCGGAGGAAGACGCAUCUCACCGGCGCCUUCACCUAAGGAGACGACUUCUGCACCGGCAAUCUCUCCUUCUCCUGAAUCUGCAUUGACUCCAGAAUCCUCCUCCUCUCCUCCCUCACCGUCUCCAGCUGAUUCUCCUUUGUCCUCCUCCCCUCCUUCGCCGCCUCUAGCAAAUUCUCCUUCAGAUUCGCCUGCUGGUGCUCCGUCUUCGAUCUCCAACUCCCCGAGUGAAGCUCCCGGUCCUGCGGUAAACGGUGCCGUUUCCAACAGCUACGCCGUCUUCGGAUCCGUCGCGUUUAUGUUAACCGCUGCCGUUUUGGCCAUGUAG